AAGUAGUAGUAGCUUGCUGUCACAGGGACAAGUAUGCUACCUGCUUAGGGAGUAGAAAAACACAGCCGCACAGGCAUAAGCGCGCGCUUGGCAGUUGGCACCGAGAAAAGAGAGGAGGGGAAGGCGAGGACGACGACGACGACCUCCACCCCGAAAGCUAAAGCGGAGGCCGACCACUAUAACCACCACCCGACCCGAGCUACUAGAAGGGAAGGGAAGAGGCGCCGCAGCAUAUACUCCACCACUCCACUGAAGAGGAAAGCAAGGCCGACCCCCCUCUGCAGCGCGCGAUCGCGAUCGGGCGGGCAUGGCGCGGGCGUGCGAGGUGACGCUGGCGCUGGCGGUGCUGCUGCUCGCCGCCGGCGCGGCGGCGGCCGACGACGACGACAAGUGCGGGAACCCGUGCGGCAACCCCUGCGGCGUGCCGUGCAUCUACACCAGCCCGCCGCCGCCGGUGUACUACCCGCCGCCGCCGGAGCACUACCCCCCGCCGCCGCCGCCGGAGUACUACCCGCCGCCGCCGACCCCGGAGUACUACCCGCCGCCGACCCCGGCGAAGCCGGGCUGCCCGCCGCCGCCGGAGGGGGGAGGCGGGUACGAGCCCACGCCCGACACGCCCGGCGGCGGCGGGUACAACCCCACGCCCGGCGGCGGCGGGUACAACCCGACGCCGUACCCGUACACCCCCGGCGGCGGCGGGUACAACCCGACACCGUCCUACAACACCCCGCCGGGGACGCUCUACCCGCAGGACCCAGGGUUCCGGCCCAACGGCGCGCCCGGCCGCGCCGCCGCGUGGCGCGCGGCGGUGGCCUUCGCGGCCUCGGCGGCGGCGGCCGGAGCCCUGCUGGCCUUGUGAUCGCCGCCGGUCGACACAUGGUGGCCAAGCGCAUGGCGUUUUAAUUCUGCAACGUGUUAAUUAAUAAUAAGAUUAGAGAGAAGGGUAUAAAUUGGGUAAGAAAUUUUUUCCUCAGUAAUUCUUGUUGUUCAUGAUGUUGCUACUGCUGCUUGUAAUCGUUCUUGUCUUGUACCUACGUUGAAUCCAUCUGUUUAUGAUCGUAGCCUCAUAGGAAACAUGUUCAUGAGGCUAUGUAAUACAUAUAUACAAAUCUCUGAUCAAUCUCGAAUAGCAUGUUCUUUCA